AUAACCGACCGGAUUUCCUACUUUCACUUUCGUUUGUCAAGGAUAUAAAUCGUCAGCGAUCAUAGAUCAUGCGCAUAUCACAGAAAUGGCGAGAAGAUCUAGACCUGUAAUACUGUAGACGUCUCAUUUGAGAUGGAGAAGAUUAAACCCAGGAGUAACAUGUGAGUGGCAUAAAAGAUACUGACCAUGGCUUCAGACAAUUCUUCAAUUCAAGACCCAAAACGUUUAGAAGGUAAUGGAGACCCUGAAGCUGUGUCCGACCAAUCACAUUCUCAACCCCUGUAUAGCACGAGUGAGGAAGAGAAAUCAAAGACUAGUCGACUUGAUUUCUCCAUGAUUAGCAGUUACAGCUCAAGCUUUGAAGUCUUAUCUAUGAGCACAACUGAGAGUGAAGAUACUUCAUCAUCUGCUUUUGGUUGGGAUGAACAAAAACCUCAAGUACUGGACAGAGAUGGAUUUGAAGGAGAAAAUUUAGGAAAACUGAUGGAAAAUCAAAAUUUUACAGAUGAUGGAAAAGACCAACAACUUGGUAACUCCCUGUCAGAAUCUUCUAGACCAAAUACGGGCAAGGAGCCAGAUAAUGAAGAAAUGUCUCGAAUAAGAAGCGAGUCAUUUGAUGAAAGUUUGGUUGUUCUUGGACAAGGUGAUAUGAGUAACUCAAUAUUGUCCAAACAGUCCACUAGCUCCAGUGAAGAUGGUGACAACAGACAAGACACACCAGAAAGUAAAACAACAUCAGAGGAAAAAGAUAGCCCUGCUGUGGACAGUACGGACGUGAAAGAUGAAUCAUUAGGUGAAAGUUUGGUUGUUCUUGGAACAGGCGAUUUUGAGAACUCAUUGUCAACAGAGGUCAAUCCACUCCCUGUAACUGACAGGAUGAUUGCUGGUCUGGUUGAUUCCACAAUUGAGGUGUCACAUGGCGAAAAUGUGGAUAAUAUCCAUAAAACAGCAGAGUUUCCACGGACCAAAAGUCUAGGGGAAGCUGGAAAAAUCAGGCAAGAAUUGGAGUCUGCAGUAAAAUCUGAUUCUGAUGAGAAAAUAUUGUGUAGGGAGGAAGACAAAAAGAUGGAUAUGUCUAGUAGUACUGAACCAAAUGAGGAAAUGAGGAAGACUAAAACAACAUUGGAUUCAGCACAAGCUUCACAGCAUCUAAAUAGAAAUGAAGAAAGAUGGGAUACAGAUGUUGACCUGGACAAGGAUUCCGCAGAUCAAACAGAGCAUGAGGUAUCACAGAUGUUUAGGAAGAUAGAGAAGCCAGAUUCUCCAGAAUCUGGCCCCACGUUACCUGAUAGUCCUAAAUUGGAUCCAGAUAUGGAUAACAUUGCUUCCUUAAGUGGGUCAAAAAGUGACAGCUUGGUCAUACUGAAACUAUCACAUGAACAGCCAACCACAGGUAAAGUUGACCCUUUAGAUGAUUCUAGCUCUGACGUCCAUAAUGAUACGUCAAACCCUGGCUUUGACAAACAACAAAUUCAAAUUUCUGAGCUGAAUGACAAAGAAGGAAGCUUGGAUGAGUAUAGCAAAAGUGGAUCGCUGAGUGAUAGCUUGGUUGUAAUACAAAGAGAUGAAGUUGAAAGUGCUGUACCCAAAGGAGUUUCUGCAGCAGACAAGAUCAGUGCGGACCAAGAGGAUGAUUCAGAACAGACAGAAGAAAGGGUUAAAUCCAUUAGCGGCUUGGAGCCUGCAAGCUACCACAUAAGAGUGGAUGAAACACAGAUUGGACUGACACAUAAAGUUGUCGAAAAUAUUGUAGAAUCUAUGUCAAGCUUUCAGGCACGGAGGUUUAGUGACCAAGCGGCAUAUGGUUAUUGUCACAAAGAAUCUCGUGAAGAACUUUCCAAAGAUGCUGGUAACUAUGAACGCAACAACAGUCUUGAGGGAUCAUGUGUCUCAACGGACAGUUUCGCAAUUCUAUCAGACUCAAUGUCAGAAAGUUAUCUUGCUUCUGAGGCAGAAUUGAACCAACUUCGAUCAGACUUGACCUUUACUGACAGAGAUGUACCUGUGAUUGAACACUUUCAGGGCAAUGAAGAAGAUCCUGAUGGAAAGGAUGCAAGCUUUGUACUUGACAUAAGUGAAAGAGCAAAUAUGACAGAAAUGGAAAUGAGCAAACUGAACAUCAAACAAAAACAAUUCACAAAAAAAAUGAAGGACAUUGAAAGAUACCAGGAAGAUCCUGAUACGUUAGAGAAAAACAUUGAAAUUGAAAAUGAACCAAAGGUCAAUUCAAGUUUUGUAGAUGAUGGAUCAAUGGACAGAAUCACAAAAUCAGGCACAAUAUUUGAAAAUGUGGAUCCUGACUUUUCCAAGUCUGAACCCAACAGAGAAAUUCAUGUGGAAAGAAGAAGAGAUUCACCUUACCCAUCAUUUUCAUCAGGAAGUAGCAUUUCAUUGACAAGUUUCGUCAUCUUAGAUGACAAUGGAAGAUCAGAGUCAUUAAGAAGUUCAAACCUUGAAAGAGAAAGAGAGCAAACUGAUGAAUAUUUAUCAGAUAAACUUGUAGCAGACCCAGACAAAGUUGACCAAUCUACAAUGUGCAUUGUAGACGAAGAUGGAGUAAUCAUGAAGAGUGAUGAUCAGAUGAAGGGUGAUGAUCAGAUGAAGGGUGAUGAUCAGAUGGAGGGUGAUGAUCAGAUGAAGGGUGAUGAUCAGAUGAAGGGUGAUGAUCAGAUGGAGGGUGAUGAUCAGAUGAAGGGUGAUGAUCAGAUGAAGGGUGAUGAUCAGAUGGAGGGUGGUGAUCAGAUGAAGGGUGAAGAUCAGAUGAAGGGUGAUGAUCAGAUGAUCAUCAGUGAAUCUGGAAUGAAAAUGGACAAAAAUGAUUCCAUGAACUUGGGCAAUGGAAGCAAAAUAUACAGAUCUUCUAGCUUACAAGCAAAUAGAGAUCGUGAUGUCAGAGCAGAUCAACAGGAGGAAAUUGAUAUGAUAAUGUCUACAUCAGCAAAUGAGGAUACAGAUGAACAAGUUGCUGUUGAUACUAAAGAGAAAGAAGUGCUUCAGCUACUCGGUGACAAGAAUUUGACUGAAAAAGAUUCAGCAAACUUGCAGAAUGAUUUAGACAUUUUAGUGGAAGCUGCGAAAUUUGAGGAAGAAACCCGAAGUAAGAAAGAAAAAGAAGACAGAGAACAAGAAACAAAAUGCCAAAAUGAGGAUAGAAUUGUAGCCCACACCCAGAGUUCAAGCAUUGAGGAAGAUCAAAUGGAUUCUCUGCCUAUGAAUGUAAGCUUUCCUUCCUUGGGUGACUUCUCUUUGUUGGAACCUUUUCAAGACAUAGUAAUGAGUGACAGUGAAACUCAGAAAGCCACUACAGAUGAGCACAGGGAUGUUUACAAGCAAUGUGACGAAACAUCUUAUGAAGGACAAAUAGGUCCAAAGUCAAGCAAAGGUCUCCCGGAAAAAUGGCACGAUUUAAAAGCUGCAAACGAGCAAGAUAAAAGUAAUCUUGAGUGGAUGGAUUCAAAACCUGAGGUGUUGUUCCCAGACCAAGACAAGCUUGAUCAUGACACAGAUUCUAAAACCUUCCAUAACACGGAAUCAUCUGAGAUGGACAAACUUGAUCAUGACACAGAUUCUGAAAGCUUCCAAAACAUAGAAUCAUCAGAGAUGGGCAAACUUGAUCAGGACACAGAUGCUAAAGGCUUCCAAAUGACAGAAUCAUCAGAGAUUGGCAAACUUGAUCAAGACACAGAUGCUAAAGGCUUCCAAAACACAGAAUCAUCAGAGAUUGGCAAACUUGAUCAAGACACAGAUGCUAAAGGCUUCCAAAACACAGAAUCAUCAGAGAUGGGCAAACUUGAUCAGGACAUAGAUUCUGUUGUUUUUCAAAAUGUAGAAACAAUAGAGAUAGAAAAAGAAAACUUUGACCAGCAGAAAGAAGAGUCUGGCUACACAAACAGAAAGUGCAGUAAUGAAGAUCCAGUGGAAUCCGGUGAACUAUCCAAUAUGGAUACCAGUAAUGAUGGAAUCCAGCCAAACAUUCCUUCAGGUCUGGAAUAUGAUAAGCAAACAGAUGGCCAUGCGGAGGAAGAAGAGGAUACCACUCUAACUCUGGAGGAAACUGUCCAGAAUGGAGCAGACCAAACUGAUCUCACAGCUGGAAAACUAGCCGAGGACACUGGGGCAGCAGUUGAAUGGUACCAUGAACCUGUCACAAUCUAUGUGUUGCGUGAAUGGUCCGAGUUUGAAGACCAGAAGUCCAAAGUACGAAAAGACCAACAAACCAUUACAAAAAGCUGGAUUGAUGUUGAAAAAGUGAGAUUUUUGUUCAAUAGCUUUCAUUUGUCAGUACUCUUGAAGGCUAAGUUAUCCAGUGAUACCUCUGUAGUUUUUGAUGAUUUAAAAACACACAUGUACAUUUCAAACAAAGGACCACCCUUCAAUUCAGCAGAUCAAUAUCACAGCUGGUGGUUGGAAACAAUACAUGCUGUAUUUGAAACAGUUGAUGAGAUUUCAGCAUAUCUUUGUAACAUUGACUACGCAACCAAAGAAUCUACUAUUGAAGCAGUGAAAAGACUGACUUACGCAAAUGUCAAAGUUAAAUCGACCAAGAUUCCUGAAACAUUUCUGGUAUUAGGGACUGCAAAUAUUGGGAGCACUUUGCACAUGAUACAAAACCAUGAUGGCCAUAACCGCCUCGUAUUGGCAAGUUACAUGAGAGAGGUGAAGGUGGUACAGAUUUCACAGCAGUGGACAAGAUGGUGUAGACAUCUUGCAGAAACAAAACAGAAAUUUGAGGAGACCGGUAUCCUUGGUAUUCAUGCAAACGAAGACAAUAACUAUACAUACCUGGUCGUAGAUAUCUGUCACCAAGCUGAAAUUCAAAAAGAUCCAUUGUACAUCGAACAGGUGCUACAAACAUCAUCUGAACAGGCAAUAUUCGAACUCCCUGAAGGAGAGUAUAAGCUGUUGUCUGGUAACGAGGCCAAGCGCUACAUAGAUCAUCACAAACUGAAGGACAUGACAUAUCAUUGGAUUGUUAGGAGAGACGGAAGUGAUUACAAGCUUCUCGUAUUGGCAGACACUCAAGAGAUUGCUAAAGAGGUUGAGACUUUGAUCAAGUCAAGUGUGAAGAGGUUGGUUAUCAAGAAACCAGGAACAAAACAUUAUCAAAAGCUUGAAGUAAUGAAAAAGCAGUUCGGAGAUAAAUUGUUCUGGUUAGAAGACAACAUGACAGAGAUGAUAUAUGUGUAUAUCACAGAGGACAUUUUGGAUCAGGUUGAUGAAACUAUCGAAAUGCUGGGUGGGAAAAAAUCAGGAUCAGUGGAAGAGGAAACUGCUACCUCUAAUAUCCAUGUCGCAGAAUAUGAUAGAAUCAAAUUCUUAUACAAAUUUGUGAAGGAUGACAUUAUGCAAAUGAGAAAUGAUUUUCAGGUGACUGUUUUAUUCCAAGAUGUUUCCCGUGACCUGACUGUUAUCAAAAUCAGCGGGAAAUUAGAGAAGGUGCGAGCUGCUUGUUCUGAGAUACAGGGCAUUGUAGAUGACAUUCAUUCAUUUCAGCACCCAAAUGUAGAAUUACAUAUCCCUCAGAUUCAGAUAGACAAAGUCAGGGACCUUAGAUUGGUGAACAGAUGUGUAAUCGCCACUCACACAGUAGACUCAGAGGAGCUGGAUGAUGACCAGUUGAGCUUUGACAACUUCCCCAACAAAAAGACUACUAUUCCAUCAAAAUGGUGGACCUGUGGACAAGCUCGAGUUGGAUUUGUCACGGGCCCUGUGAGCAGUGUGGCGGCUGGCACCCUUAUAAAUCUGGUGCCGAGUCUUUUACAACCUUCAGAUGCUAAGCAGAAUACAAUUUUUGUUCCGCCGCCCGAUGAAGGAAAGUCAAAAGACUACUUGUCCUCAUCAAUUGAGUCAGUAAUUAAAGGAUUGUCAGUGAAUGGAGAGAAAUCAGUUGCUGUCAAUCUACAUAAUCGCUAUGGUUGGUCAUUCCAAAAGUUCCUCAAAAUGGCAUUACAUGCCAUAGGAGUGCUGUGGAACUCUCCUGGAUCAGGAUGUGGUGAAAUGGACAUUGUACUGGCUGUUCCAACUGAUGAGGAGUUCUGCUCAGCAUGUACAAUCAUUGAGUCUUCAGGUUUACUGAGUAGCAAGGGACAAGAUCCUCCAAAGGUGUUGGUGAUUAAAGGAGAUGUUACAAAGGAACAGACUGACGUGAUUGUGAACACUGCAAGCAAAGACCUAAAUCUUUCGCAUGGCGCUGUUUCUAAGGCCUUGUCUGGUAGAGCAGGGCCGCAGUUACAGCAGGAGUGCAAGAGAAAAUACCCAAAUGGCAUCAAGUACGGUGAAUUGGCUGUCACGGAAGGAUAUCAGCUUAACUGCAGAAAAGUAUUCCAUGGUGCUUUUGACUCUUUUACUAAACGCAGACAAGCAGAAAGAAAAGAGACUGUCGGAAAAUUUGUGACAAAAUGCCUGGAGAAAGCAAAUGAAUUAGGCAUGUGUUCGAUAUCGUUUCCCGCCAUCGGGACUGGUAUCUUGGGUUAUCCAUCUUCUAUGGUGGCUAAGGAGAUGUUACAGAGGAUCAGACGCUUUAUGAUGGAUUCCAGAACGACCUGUCUGAGGAAAGUAAACAUAGUCAUCUAUCCAAGCGAUGCUAGUGCUUUUUCGGAUUUUACAGAAGAAAACUCAUUUGCAGGUAAUGAAUCCUCUGUGGAUCAGCAACUGGAAAGUGAACCGGUCGAAAUCAGAAAAUGGCAGACAACAUCUCUGUGUAAAGUGUUCUUCAGAGUUACAUGCAGUGCUGGUGACAAGAUGAUUCUGGUGUCAAAAAUUGAUGCUAUACUGAAGGAUCUACCCUACCUUGGCCUAGAUCAUGGUAACAAUGAUUCCACCAGCAAGGAUCUGGAAUCAGAAUCGUCACAGAACAGAAGUGCUGGUCAUGAGGAGAUCCCUUCUUUUCCAGACCAACAAGAUGAAGAGUUAGAAGAUAUGAUAGCAACCCUCAAGGAAAGUAGAAGCGAGACUAGAACCUUACAUCAUUUUAACAGGUUGACCUCCAACGCACGCUGCUGUGUUGUCAUCCAAUCACAAAACACUAGAACAGGUGUGUGGAGUUGGCUUGAACGUGACGUUGGAAUCAGACCAGUCGGCAUUGCCUGGCCAUAUAGAAACAAUGUCUGUGAAGCUCUUGUCACAUGUACCAACAUAACAGAUGCUGAAAAAGUCCUUGGACAACAAAGUGCUGAUUUCCAGGCUUCAAUGCUGGAACAACAGGUUUUAUUCAAUGUCUGUGCAUCAGUGGACCCACAAUUUGUAUCCAAACAUGAUGAGAUAGAAGAAAACAGCGGGGUCACUCUGAAUGUUGAUAGCUCCGGUAUUUGUCAGCUGGUUGGAAAUUUACCUCAGAUCGAGGCUGCCAAUGAGUACAUCAUUUGCAAGCUUCAGGAUAAAACGAGAAGCUUUGACAACUCCAGCGAGUGUUAUGUGGAUGGAAUUACUGCAGAUGUUUACAAGGCAUUCCUGUUUUUCUUCCACAAUAAUCCAACUUACAACCGUUACAAAGUCAGUUUGAACUCUAUCAGAUAUUCUGAAGUUGACAGAACAAUUUACUUUAAAGGGAGCAAGGAGUUUUGCAUGGAUUUAAAACAUGAACUUAGUCAAAUGAAAACUGACAUAAUUUGUGACCAGAUUGAUGUAGAAGGUCGACAUUGUAAGACAGAACAUGCGAAAGGGGUUGUGAUGAAGGUCUUAAACAGUCAAUAUGAUGUUUUAUUCAAUGUCUGUGCAUCAGUGGACCCACAAUUUGUAUCCAAACAUGAUGAGAUAGAAGAAAACAGCGGGGUCACUCUGAAUGUUGAUAGCUCCGGUAUUUGUCAGCUGGUUGGAAAUUUACCUCAGAUCGAGGCUGCCAAUGAGUACAUCAUUUGCAAGCUUCAGGAUAAAACGAGAAGCUUUGACAACUCCAGCGAGUGUUAUGUGGAUGGAAUUACUGCAGAUGUUUACAAGGCAUUCCUGUUUUUCUUCCACAAUAAUCCAACUUACAACCGUUACAAAGUCAGUUUGAACUCUAUCAGAUAUUCUGAAGUUGACAGAACAAUUUACUUUAAAGGGAGCAAGGAGUUUUGCAUGGAUUUAAAACAUGAACUUAGUCAAAUGAAAACUGACAUAAUUUGUGACCAGAUUGAUGUAGAAGGUCGACAUUGCAAGACAGAACAUGUGAAAGGGGUUGUGAUGAAGGUCUUAAACAGUCAAUAUGAUGUUCAACUCAGCAUACCACAGGAAGAUACCCCAAAAGUCAUUAAUCUCAUUGGACUGGACAGGAACAAGGUACAAGCCAUGAAAUACCAGGUCUUGGAAUCUAUUGGAAUGACAAGCAGCAGACGGAGCAGGCGAUUCGAUUGUGGGCUAUUUUCUUUAUCCCGCAGACCAGACCCACCACCAAUAUUACCGCCACCACCAAAUGCCAGGUGUUACUAUUUGGGAGACAAUAUGACAGUUCUAGCAUAUGAGGGAAACAUCCUGGGUCUGAAUGUUGAUGGUAUCGUGAAUGCUGCAAAUGAAUUGCUAGAUCAUGGUGGAGGAGUUGCCUGUGCAAUAUCGGAUGCUGCAGAUAUUCAACGUGAAUCAACCGAAUAUGUAAGAAAAAAUGGUAAAGUUCGAGUUGGGACAUCUUGUCACACUUCAGCCGGUGAUCUGAAACAUUACAAGUACAUCAUUCACUCCGUUGGGCCACGAUGGAAACCAAAAGAGCAGGCUGUAUGUGAACAACAUCUCCAGGACGCUGUAUUGUCAUGUAUUCUGGAAGCUGAAAAACUGCAGUUGGCAUCUGUAGCAAUCCCAGCUAUCAGUGCAGGAAUAUUUUCAAUGCCCUCUGAAUUGUGUGUCCAGCAAUAUUACUUUGGAGUAAAAAGAGCCUGGUCAAUGUUACAGAGGCAAACAUCACGCUUUUUGAAAGAAAUUCAUUUCGUGGACAAGAAUGCCAAAAUCAUGCAUGCAAUUCAAGCUCAAUUUGAUUCCCUUAUGCAAGGAUUACACUUGAAUCAAUCUGUACCAGUUAUUCACCAACAGACGCACUCCGAACUGCAGAACAAGGGGCGGCAGAUACCCUCAUCAUCAGCUUUCGACAGUGGGAAUACUGACUAUGGUAUUCAGGGAGCUCGACCAAAGGCCUGUCCUUUAUACCCCUACAAGGAAUUCAACAAUAGACAUGGUAUUGGUCAAACAACCUUCCAUUUAACCCCUGUAGUUAGAAUACAUGUCUACACCUGUGACAUUUUGGCAACUAGAGUUGGUGCUAUUGUUUGUGGACAAGAUAAAGCUCUACAGAGCAGAAGCAGAAUAGCCUCUCGGAUUCUGGAAGGUGAGCUUUCUGGAAAAGAUUUCAAGAAGGAAAUCGCUGAAAUAAAACGGAAUAGAAAGCCAAAAAUAAAACCUGGUGAUGUUUUCUGUAUACCAAUCAGUGGAUUUGAUGCUCACUUACUUCUUAUGGUAAUUUGUCCGAGUGUGAUGGCUGGUGUACCACUUGGCAAAUGUAAAGAAGAAAUCAGGACAUGCACACAAAACAUUUUCCAGAAAACAAGUGACAUGGGUCUACAGUCCAUUGCCCUUCCUGUGCUUGGUUCAGGCAACGAUGUGCGCAAGGCUGGAGACAUUGCCAAUAUUAUCAUGGAGGCUAUUCUGAAAUUUGCUCAGAAUGCACAUGCAGCAAGCCAUCUUAGAGAUAUACAUUUUGUGAAUCAUGAUCCCAAAGUCACACAAGUUAUCAUGAAAAUGUUUGAGGAUCAUGUGACAUCAGAAAGUGCACGCAUUCCACAGUCGAAUCGACCUAAAGUUUACCCGGGUAUUGCUCGUCGUCAACAACCGCCAUCAACACGUGAAACAGAACCAGAUAUUUUCAGUCAUCAUUACCAAAACGAAUGGCAAAGUCGCUCAAAUGAAAACUACUUAUCUGAAAAGAAACCAUACACUGAGGACAGGUACCCAGCUGAAAUGCAAAGACAGACCUAUGACCAAACUCAACUAGGAGCGAACUCAACCGAACAUUACCAAUCUGAACUGGGUCAAACAAAACAGAGAGUAUAUGAGGACUGUGUGAUUUGCAUGGAGACUGUCACAAGUGACAAUGUGAAAACGCUUCCAAAAUGUAGCCACUCCUUUCAUCCAGAAUGUAUUGAUGAACAAUUUAAACACAAGCCUGUGUGUCCAACAUGUGGUGCCAUACAUGGUGUCAUUACAGGAAAUCAACCUCGGAGUGGAAAAAUAAACUGUGAAAUUAAGGAAGGCUCUUUGCCUGGGUUUGACAGAGACAAACAACAUUUUUACAUCAGAUACAGCUUUCCCGAUGGCAUUCAAGAGAGGGACCACCCAAACCCAGGACUACCUUACAAAGGAACCAGUAGGGCCGCUUAUCUCCCCUGCAACCCUGAAGGAAGAAAAGUGCUCGAUAUGUUGAUGAUCGCCUUCAGAAGACGUCUGACCUUUACGAUAGGACACUCAAGGACAACUGGGGAAGAGAAUGUAGUCACGUGGAACGAUAUCCACCACAAAACAAACAAAUAUGGUGGCCAACAACAAUUUGGCUACCCAGAUCGAGAGUACCUUGCACGGGUGACGGAGGAGUUAGCAGCGAAGGGAGUUACGAAGGCAGACAUUGAGUAGAAGUGACAGUGAAGAAGGACAAUCUUACAAUGUUUGAGGAUUAUAUGGCAAAACAACUUAAUGGUCAUCCAGUCAGCAUAAUUGCAUUCAAUAAUAGAUUGGGGCUGAUUAGUGGUAUUAUUAUAUUAUAGGAGUACGAGGAAGGUUGUGGUGCCAUUAAAAGUUUUUUUUUACUUUAUUUUCACAGCGAUUCGAGUUUUGUUGUUGCAUGAUGAUUAAUUAUUUUUAUGUCAGGAAUUAUUUUAAUACCCUUUGUUCAAUUUUUUCACUGAAGGAAAGUACAUACUGUAUCUUAAUGUACUUUAGUUUGUUUUGUUUUGUUUUUUUGAAGUAAAUAACCAUAUUUCUAAGCAAGACUUCAUACAAAGUUUCUAAUUAUUAAGGACCAAGAUCGGAAGAAACUUAUAAUUCACUCGAUAAAAGGAUGAUACUUAUUUUUCUAGGUAUAUAAAUGUAUAUGUUUAGGUGUCCUUUGAAAAUAAAUGUUACCUUAAGAGCCCGAAAAAGGGCCGCUGCUUGUUAGUGGUAUCUUUAUGUUAUAGCAGAAGGCUGUGGUGAUGUUAUUUUUUUCACAGCGAUUUGUUUGUUUUGUUGUGUUCAGUGUGUCAGUAUCAGGAGGGAUUUAUUGGAAUCAGGGUGUCAGUAUCAAGAGGAUUUACUGGAAUCAGGGUGUCAGUAUCUGGAGGGAUAUACUGGUAUCAGGAGGAUUUACUGGAAUCAGGGUGUCGGUAUCAGGAGGGAUUUACUGGAAUCAAGGUGUCAGUAUCUGGAUGGAUUUACUGGAAUCAGGGUGUCAGUAUCAGGAGGAUUUACUGGAAUCAGGGUGUCAGUAUCAGGAGGGAUUUACUGGAAUCAGGGUGUCAGUAUCAGGAGGAUUUACUGGAAUCAGGGUGUCAGUAUCAGGAGGGAUUUACUGGAAUCAGGAGGAUUUACUGGAAUCAGGGUGUCAGUAUCAGGAGGAUUUACUGGAAUCAGGGUGUCAGUAUCAGGAGGGAUAUACUGGAAUCUAGGUGUCAGUAUCAGGAGGGAUUUACUGGCAUCUGGGUGUCGGUAUCAGGAGGAAUUUACUGGAAUCUGGGUGUCGGUAUCAGGAGGGAUUUACUGGAAUCACGGUGUCAGUAUCUGGAGGGAUUUACUGGAAUCUGGGUGUCGGUAUCAGGAGGGAUUUACUGGAAUCACGGUGUCAGUAUCAGGAGGAUUUACUGGAAUCAGGGUGUCAGUAUCAGGAGGGAUUUACUGAUAUCAGGGUGUCAGUAUCAGGAGGGAUAUACUGGUAUCAGGAUGUCAGUAUCAGGAGGGAUAUACUGGAAUCAGGGUGUCAGUAUCUGGAGGAUUUACUGAUAUCAGGGUGUCAGUAUCAGGAGGGAUUUACUGGAAUCUGGGUAUCAGUAUCUGGAGGGAUAUACUGGAAUCAGGGUGUCAGUAUCAGGAGGGAUUUACUGAUAUCAGGGUGUCAGUAUCGGGAGGGAUAUACUGAUAUCAGGGUGUCAGUAUCAGGAGGGAUAUACUGGUAUCAGGAUGUCAGUAUCAGGAGGAUUUACUGGAAUCAGGGUGUCAGUAUCUGGAGGAUUUACUGAUAUCAGGGUGUCAGUAUCAGGAGGGAUUUACUGGAAUCAGGGUGUCAUUAUCAGGAGGGAUAUACUGGUAUCAGGAUGUCAGUAUCAGGAGGGAUAUACUGGAAUCAGGGUGUCAGUAUCGGGAGGUAUAUACUGGAAUCAGGGUGUCAGUAUCAGUAUACAUGAUUAUAGUACAUCUGUUGCUUAGUGUAUGAUCUUCUGUUGUUUUGACACAUUUUUUCAAUGCCGUUUUCCUUAAUCGAAAUUAGUGUUAAUAUAUCAUACAUGUAAAUAUUGAUUUUAAAAAUAUGUAUAUAAUGAUCUCAUUAUUCAACACUAUCAAAAUUGUAUAUAUUAAUUGAUGAUGUGAUACUUAUCUGAAUAUUUCAAUAUCAUUUGAUUUUAGAAUCCAAAAUGUUUAUAUUUUAAACCCAUCAUGUAUAAAAUUAACAUAUUUUUAUCUAUGAUUCUACUUCUGUGGAUGAAGAAGAAUGUUUGUAUAAAUAUAAGUGUGUACCUUACGACAUUUAUAAAGUUUAUCCUGCUUCUCAAGUGUUUGAAAGUCUUUAAAUCUUGAAAUUGGUACUCGAUUCAUAUAGUGUUUUCUUCUGUUUCAAUGUUUCUGAACGAUUGCUGUUUAUUAAGGUUUGUUUUUCUCACUUUCCUGGAGAUAAAGAUUAUUCUGUGGGUUGACCUCGGUUACAAUGAAAUUAGAUGAAAUCAUUCCAAGUGUGUUUAAUUAAUGCAAUUUCAAUGUCACAAGGGUGACAUUUUUAAAACCUUUGAAUUAAAGAAUACUCUCAUACCAAUAGCCUGUAGAGAUUGUGUCCUUCACGUUUGUUUAAAUAACUGACAUUGGAGGUAGCAUGGUCACGGAGACCCAUUGUGCUAAAAUUGUCAAAUUAUUCUAUAAUGAAUACCAUAUGAAUGUACCAACAACACCUACCAGUGUGUAAUUCAUCUCUUAUUCCUUGGUAGCGGUGUAAAAUUAUAUAAAAUUGUAUGUAUGCAUGUAUGUUGACAGGUUGCAAAUGCAAUAAAGUAAUAUUCUCUUUUAAAUGUGUUUAAACAAUGUGCAAACGUACUAUUGAAUAUCCAAUAGAUAAUCAGUUAAUUUCCAUGGUUGACCUGCUGUCAUUAAUAGUACUGGAUGACAGACACGUGGGAGAAUUUCGGCACUAGUGGAUCGUCCUGGUUGGUAAGGUUACAUAUGUAUGUCGGGUGUGGACACCUGGUGGGAGAGUUCGGCACCAGUAGAUUGUCCUGGAGGGUAAGGUAAUGUCGGGUGUAGACACCUGGUGGGAGAGUUCGGCACCAGUUGAUUGUCCUGGAGGGUAAGGUAAUGUCGGGUGUAGACACCUGGUGGGAGAAUUCGGCACCAGUUGAUUGUCCUGGAGGGUAAGGUAAUGUCGGAUGUAGACACCUGGUGGGAGAGUUCGGCACCAGUUGAUUGUCCUGGAGGGUAAGGUAAUGUCGGGUGUAGACACCUGGUGGGAGAGUUCGGCACCAGUUGAUUGUCCUGGAGGGUAAGGUAAUGUUGGGCGUAGACACCUGGUGGGAGAGUUCGGCACCAGUAGAUUGUCCUGGUGGGUAAGGUAAUGUCGGGUGUAGACACCUGGUGGGAGAGUUCGGCACCAGUAGAUUGUCCUGGUGGGUAAGGUAAUGUCGGGUGUAGCAGUCUAAGAGUUCGGCACCAGUUGAUUGUCCUGGUGGGUAAUGUCCGAUGUAGACACCAGUAGGGAGAAUUUGGCACCAGUGGAUUGUCCUGGAGGUAAAAAUGUUGUCAGAUAAAGACAACGCUAGGUUUAAUAGGACAUGAUUAUAAAGGCUUACAUGUGUGUUUGAUGUCGGCAGUAAAUCACAUACAAUUUCAAUUGUGUUUUCCGUGUUUACAAUAUAUGUUAUAACUAUGAGGAGUUUGUCCCGGAGGAGUUUGGGGAAGGGUACCUAAGUAUAGUGUAUCAUGAUAUAGUGUAUUUCAAACAGAUUUUGAAUUGUUGUCACUAUAUACAAGAAAGUUUGACCCAUUUUUCAUAUUUCAUACUGACACUUGCAAUAAUUUAUCAUUUCUAGCGUGGAAAUAUGAUUUGCAGAAUAAACAACCAUCAGUAUCCAAAUGAUAACUAAAUUUACAAAUAGAAAUAUCUUAACUAGGGAAUUUGUUUUUAAAUACAUGUAUGACAAAUAUGUGUGGUUAAUAAGGUGAAGACAACUGAGCAUUGUCAUAUUUUGUUUGUAUGUAUCUAACCAGUUUUCAUAAUCCAGUUGGUAUCGACAGGUGAAAAGUCGGUUGAGAUAAUGAUACUUUGUGAGAUAUGUAUAUACAUACACUGCAUUUUUUAUAAUUAAUGAAGAUGAAUGAUGUAUUGUUUACAUUGUAACACUUAAUAUGUAACUGUGUAUUUUGUAAUUUAGUUUGGUGAUCAUUCGGAUUUCUAUAGAUACCUGUACAGUGUGUAUUUAUAUGUACACACUUUAUAUGCUUUAUUUAUACAGCUGUCAAAAUAUUCCCAUGACACUCAUUUUAAGCUCGCUUGUUUUGAAAAAAAAUAUUGCUAAACUUUUUUACCAUGGUUAUUAAGCUCGAAGACACAUAAUAAAUAAUCCGCUAAAACUGACUGCAGGCCCCAAAAUUCUGGCUUAUUUUUGUGCUAAAACUAUGCAUAGUAUAUAUUGCAGGCUCCAACAUUCGAAUGAUUCGUCUAUUCAUAAAGUGAUAAAACAGGUGACGGGCCUGUUUAAGCGGACUAAACAGUAGAUAAACCCAUAAAGGUAUUGACAAAGUCCGGGUGUGUUCUCCAUGGCACUUUCUCUAUUGGCCCAAUUUUUGGAGAACAAAAGAAUGUGUUUAUCUAGUAGAACAAUGACAAACCAAUAAUAGUCGGGUUUCAUAUGAAUUCACCUGUACUCAUUUAUCUGAGCUACCUGUAUAAAGAGGAGAAAGAUAUACAUUCAUGUAUCUCCUUGUUUUAUGAAAAAAUAAACAUUAAAAAAUGUAUAUUUACAUUUACAUCAUUUAAGUUGUAUUAAUGAAAUCAGUAAAAUAUACAACAGCUCUAUAUUAAAUUAUCAAUUGUACAUUUAUGGCGGUCAUCUUGAAUUUCGGACCAUCUCAGGAUCAUUUCAAGAAUCUUUGAGCUGAAUUUUCCUGGUGAGACUUCAGAAAUUUAAAUACCGGUAAGUGUUGUGCAGGAGAUCAUGAUUGUCCUACCAUGUUACAAAAUUUUCCUCUGUGUAUCUACAUGUACCUGCUAAAAAUACAAUUUUUUUUUGUACUUAAUGAUAGGUUUUCUUGUAUUGAUUUUUUAUUCUUUCUAUUUGCUAAGCAUGUAGAUAAAAUUUUGUUAGAUAUUUGCCCCAGUUAUUGAGGAAUUCCUUGGGCUUUCCCCUUUUGGUAACAUCAUUUAAUUUUGAUAUAUGUGAAUUUUAAAUAUCAUAUUCAGAUCAAUAUCUGUUAAGAAUUAGCCUUACUACAAUAAGCUUCUAGUGAAAUUGUUGUAUUUGGAUAAGAAUCUUUUCUUGUUCUGUGAGGGUUUAUGAUAGAGUAGAACAUGUAUGCUCAUUAGAUACAUGUCUGUUCUUUAAGGGUACCUAAUAAAUGGAUAUUAUAAUGUAUGAUGUGUUAUCAGAAAGCAAGUGAAAUGAAAUGCUCAUGUUACUGACAUUUCAGUAAAUGUCAGUUUUGAUUAUUAUGAAGCAAAAAAAAAUCAGUUGGUUUUGGUACUCGAAUAAUAAACAAAGGUACUAAAUAC